AUGAAGUACUUAUUUUCCCUCUUUGCUUUUGCAGCCUCUACAAAUGCUGCUGUUCUCCGAAGACAAAAUGUUCCAUGUACCUUCUCCAUGGCUGCCGUUGGUGAUCCAACCGGUUCCAUUGUCGAAACCACUAUUGGGGAAAAUCGCAUCGGUGGAUCCUGGCCUCAAGGUGUCUAUAGCAUUAAUGCCAAAGUGCUCACCGAUGCCGAAGGUCACAAUUGCAGUAUCUCUCCCACCACUUCUCAAUUUCAAUGUAUUCAAGGUUCUGCCGUUACUCUCUUCACAUUGGGAAAUAACGGAAAUCUGAACUACAACAACUCAACCGAAGAUUGGGUAGCCUGUCCAGCAACUGGACCAGGUGAAGAUGGAAGUUAUAACAUCUUUACCCAAGCAAAAGCCAACACGACCGGAUGCGAAACUAUUCAAAUAGUCACGGGAGGUUUCAGCUGCGCGGCAUUGGGAAGACCAUCUAGCUCAUCCACUACUUCAGUCGCUGCUGCGACUUCCACUUCCACUUCCACAUCUGUACCUGUAGCUGUAGCUGCAUCAACUACUUUUACAGCCGCAGUUUCUUGCCCGACGGAUAUCACAUCGGGACCUUUCGAAUAUCCUCAUCUGAUUGUUCCCGUAUCGUCUGAAUCUCCAAAUCACCCAUUUGGUAAUCAAUACACUGCGCACAUCACGCCACAAAAUAGCACAAUAUUCAAUUUCGACGUUCCAUCCACAGCCCCCUACACCGGUAACUGCGCCUUACUUUUCCUUUUCCCUGUCUCAUCCGCUACUCAAGCUGGCACAUAUAAUUUCACCGGCAUCGAAGAGGAAACCACUGAAAGUGGUGGAAUCGAUUUCUCGCUUCUAAGUGGUAUUGCUAAUGCGAAUACAACUUACAACACUCAACCAACUGUCGCAACUGAUUUUGGAAAGGUUGAAGUUCUUCCCGGUAAGGGAUAUACGGUUUCGACAUUUGCGUGUCCGGCUGGCAAGACGGUCAGUUAUGAGGCGAAGAGUGUGGGAGGAUUGGGAUUGGAAUAUUUUGAGAAUAGUGCACCGAGCGCUAUUGGUCUUUAUAUGGUGCCUUGUGCUUAG